GUUCUAGAUUCAGCCACCGCUUUGCAGUCAAGUCACGUGAACUCCCCGCAACUUAGGCAGCGAGACUGGUGAUUCUGUCAACUCAGCAUAAGCAACUUUGCAAGAUGGCUUCUUCAAACGACAAAACCCUCUCGGCAAGUGAAUCUCGGGUCGUUGGCGCGUUGCUGGGCGUUCAUGCGGGAGACUCGCUCGGAGCCACGCUCGAGUUCAAAACUCACGCCCAGAUUGCGUCCCUUUAUCCCACCGGCCUUAGAGAAAUCAUCGGCGGAGGACCGUUCAACUGGCCCGCCGGCCAUGCAACCGACGACACCGACAUGACCCGCGGCGUCUUGCUUGCGUACAGAGAUGCCACUCCCGGAGACGACGUCGCUCGCCUCGCUGGCGACUAUUUCCUGAAAUGGCUGGACGGCGACUGGCCGGACCGGAUAAGCGGGGCUCCUCCGGAGGACAUGGGCAUGGCCACCGGCCAAGGCCUUGAGAAAUUCCGCUGGUCCCGGGAUCCAAACCGCGCGGGUGCUGGCCAAGGGAAUGCAGGCAACGGGAGUCUUAUGCGUUGUAUCCCUACGGGCCUCUUCCAGUCUGACCCCGAGAAGCUCAUCCACGAGAGCAUACGGAUCAGCAAGAUUACCCACGACGACUUCAGAUGCACUGCCGCAUGUGCCGUGUACAACACCAUCGUGUCCGAGCUCGUGAAAGGAGCAAUCCCGGGCCACGCCGUCAUGAGUGGAGAAGCUGUUGCUCUGCGGUUGGAGAACAACACGGCAGGUGAGGUGUGUCAAGCCGUCAGACUGGGAAAAGAGGUCAAGGUGGCAGACAUGGCCCAACGGGGACCGCCGCCGAUCAUGAAGGGCAAGUGUAGCGGCUAUGUGCUCGAGUCCUUGACGAUUGCCAUAGCCGCCGCCUUGGAUGAGAGAAGGCUGGAAGACGUCUUGGUGGAUGUGGUGAGAAUUGGGAAGGAUACCGAUACGAAUGCUGCCAUUGCUGGAGGCGUCCUGGGAGCAAGAGAUGGAGAGGCUGGAAUUCCCAGGGAUUGGAAGGCAACGUUGCAGUUUGCACAGGAGUUUGAAGAUGUCGCUUUGGCGUUGAUGAGGAGGUGAGCAGAUAACCUCGCAGGAAUUCACGAGGGUGUCUGCCUCGUAUCGGCGACGCCAAAUUCGGCAUAAUUUAUGUAGCCAGCUGGAUCCCGCGGGUAAUACGGGUACUUCAUAUGAAAGAUGGUCCUGGGAUCUGUUAGGUAGCUUUAUUAUUCGCCGUCGUAUUCGCUACACCAGUUUCAGAGUAUCCACUGAUGCAGGUAGCUCCAAGUCUCAGAGGCGAACUAUUGAUUUUGGCGAUACUUAAGGAAUCAGUGAG